UAAAGAAGUACCAGUUGGUACCAUUAAAGGAAUUUCUGAUUAUUUUACUUUCAUGUGGCCAUCUGGUGACGAAGACCACACAUUGUUCCUCGAGGUUCUUUAUAUAGUCGAGAACGUGAGAACGUAA